AACAGCAGUGAGAUAAUGCUUUGCUCAGUUUGUAGUAUUAAAAUAAAAUCUACACCUUUAAGGUGAAUUAUACCAACAACCCCCUUUUACUUUAUAUGAUGUUAUAUUUGCCUAUGACGGAUAAAUAAACAGUUUUAAUACUAAUAAACAAUCGAAUUCUUAUUUUCUUACUGCAGCUUUAAAUCGACACGUGGGUGGAGCUGGAUCAUUCUGCUUUAUAAUACAAAGCACGUGGAGACAACUAACUUUGCCCUGGGAGGAGAAAUGUAGUUCAACGAUUGACAACUUUUGUAACUCCAAAACAAAGACUGCGCAAAUGCGUAGCGCGUUCUCUACAGCAAUCUAAAAUGUACUUUCGUGAAAGUAAACAUAGAACUGUCAGCUGGCGGUAGCAUAUUGUAUUUGUUUCUGAAGUCCUAUAUAACAGUUUUUUUUGUAUUGUCAUUCGUGACUGUCAGUCGAAGACGGGUAUGUGCAAUUUAAAUAAUAGCUACAAUAGUCAUGAAUAAUAAUUGGUAAAGCGCAUUUCGUGCCUGAACGUCGUCGAAUAGCUGACUAGUUAAACAGGUGUAGAACAUUUGUAUAGUGAAUACAAAGUGCAUAUUUUAUGCUAAUUUAACGUAUUAUGGUAAUCGCUCGUGAAAUGAAUAUAUUAAUUUAAAAAGUUAAUUUCGCCGGUCACGGUAGAAUUCAGUGAAUUAUUUUUAAAAAUUUAUUCUAGAGUUCAUAGACCUUUCUCAGAUGGCAAAAGCAGAGACUUUAUUAGGCUUCUCCGGCCGGAGCAAACCAGAAACAGUACCCGAUUCAGAGUCGGAUUCGGACCAAGAAGAAAACCACGGGGGUGCUACGGGUACGGGCCAGGCAGCUGGUUCUCUUACCAGGGUCCAGGUGAUCCACAGUGGGCAUUUCAUGGUGUCCUCCCCGCAUAGUGAUUCUACCUCCCGCCGGAAGAGGCACGGAGUGAACUUCGAUACUGUAAACCGGACUGGGUGUCAGACGUACCGAUUCGGUCCGAGGAGCAUGGGCAGCCUUAGUAUCGACCCAACUCUAACGCGAUUGUUUGAGUGCAUGACCCUGGCUUAUAGUGGGAAAAUAGUUUCUCCGAAGUGGAAGUCGUUCAAAGGGCUACGGCUGCUGUGGAGGGACAAAAUCCGUCUGAACAACGGGAUAUGGAGAGCCUGGUACAUUCAGUAUGUGGAGAAGAGGAAGAACCCGGUGUGUGGGUUCGUGACUCCUCUGGAAGGAUCAGAAGCUGACACACAUCGCAAGCCGGAGGCUAUUGUUUUAGAGGGUAACUACUGGAAACGGAGGAUUGAAGUUGUCAUUAAGGAAUAUCACAAAUGGAGGAUAUACCACAAGAAGAGGCUUCAUAAGAAUAAGGAUGGCCACCUGUCAGCCUUGGCAAAGGAGGAUAUUUACAGAGACAGUGUUAAAAAAUGGACCAAUCAGAUGUUCCAGGAUCCUGUUCCAAUGGAGGAGGAGGAGGGUCACCUGUUUGAUUUGGACUGUUUCCUGUCGGAUAUCUCGGACACGCUCUUCACCAUGACACAGAACCCCUGUCUGUGGCAGGAAGUGCGGGAGAACGCAGCUUACACCAGCAACGCUGACAUGAUCCAGCCUGGGCUCACACCACUGCAGCCCAACCUGGAUGACUUCAUGGAUAUUCCAGAUAUCUUCAUGAACCACCGGAAUCCGCCCCAGGGCCAGGCUGGUUUAGCGGAGUGUGGUUAUUUACCCACCAUGUCGAGCAGUGUCUUCAGUUCCGGACCUUCUUCAGUCCAGACAGGCUGCCAGCUGCAGGCAAAUGCUAUGUCUGACAACACUGGCAGACUCCCCCUGCCUUCCACCUCAGACUGUGUAUCAGAUGAUGGUUACCACGGGCAACCCUUGUCCUCUGAAAUCACCUACGACCAAAGCAGCUUGAACUCUGAAGCCAAAUACAAAGCUCAGGUUCAUUACGGGCACCAGCCGGAGUUCUGCUCAGCUGACCUGAGACCAGAAUCCGACCCUUACGGCUCUUACAGAAACCCCCCGACCAUGACUCCCCCAAACAUCACUGGAAUCAACCAGGACUGCUGUUACGCCUAUUCAGCGCAGUCCCACAAAUACAGGUACAACUCGCCUGUGACCUCUUCUGUCAUCACUCACACCGGAUCAAUGUCGGGACCGCAGGAUCUCACAGGAUCAAGCUACCCCUCUCCGGGGGUCUUCCCCUCCUCCGUUUCUGCUUCUUUGGUUUACCCUUGUCCUUCCAACACGCAAGCAGCCCAGCCUGUAUUGGGGGAACAUGCCUUCUCCAUGCCUAGAGGGAGGUCACAGACCACAGGCGGACAGAGCAAGGAGAAGACCAGUAGCAUCAAGCCAAGGCGUUCCUUGUCGUUCAGUGCUCCACUGCAGAGCAGUUGCCUGGCAAAGCUACUUUCAACAGGUAAACCUACAUUAAGUUUUGACCCUCCUUUUGGUGAGAUGAAGUCCAUUUUGUCCACCUCUCCUACUUCUCCACAGCCCAGUGGAAAUGCCCAUCUCUCUCGUGGAGUGGGGAUGAAGGCCGCGCUGGUGAAUUUGUCAACUCCAGCUCCAGCCCAGCCCAGCCCCUCCCACUCUGCUGCAACCCCAGCGCUGCCUCCACUGCACAUUCCCUCAGCCCAUUGCUCUUCAGCAUCGACUGUGCUGCAGCAGAGCAGCCAGUCCACUGCCACAGCCCUGCUAGUCCCCAAGACUGAGAAGCUGACCCCAGACAAACCAACAUUUACAGUGAGUUUCGCGAGGAAUGCAGGCCAGUUGUCCCCAACAAAUACCACCGAGACAAUCCCAAGCCCCCAUUCGCCACUCUUCACGCCCAGUCAAGGCAAAGCGGAGCACACCAAGAUUGACUCGAAAAGGAUCACUCAUAUCUCGGCUGAACAAAAAAGACGGUUUAACAUCAAGAUUGGCUUUGACACUCUGCACAGCCUGGUAACUACGCUGAGCUCACAGCCCAGCACUAAGAUCAGUAAAGCUACGACCCUGCAGAAGACGGCAGAGUACAUUGCGAAGAUGCAGCAGGAGCGCUGUCAGAUGCAGGAGGAGGCCCAGCGGCUGAGAGAGGAGAUCCAGGAGCUCAACUCUGACAUCAAUGUUUGUCAGCAGCAGCUCCCGGAGACUGGUGUUCCCAUCACACGGCAGCGCUUCGACCACAUGAGGGACAUGUUUGACGAGUACGUCAGGGGGCAGACACUACUUAACUGGAAAUUCUGGAUUUUCAGCAUCCUGGUUCGGCCCCUCUUUGAAUCCUUCAAUGGGAUGGUAUCCACGGCUAGUGUGGAUGACCUCUGCAGGACAACACUGACCUGGCUGGACCAGUACUGCUCCCUGCCUGCCCUGCGGCCAACUGUGCUCAGUUCUCUCCGCCACCUGAGCACAUCCACCUCCAUCCUGACUGACCCCUCCCUUGUGCCAGAACAGGCCUCCCAGGCUGUGAGCAGGACCAGCCCUAGCAACAGCUACUCCUAGCAACAGCAACCCCUAGCAACAGCGGGGAUCUUCUACUAAGAGUGAAACUUGCAAUGCAGCACUGCAACUGCCAAACUUGUCUCUGCAGCAGUAUAAAGCAGAAGGGUAAUGCUAAUACAUGAGUCAUGCACCAGGUAAUUCCCAGAUUGCUCAAUACAGUGGGCUGCAUGGCUAUAGCUUCCCUGGUACUGUACAUGACCUGUUUUCAUCAGGCUCCAAUGUUUUGAAACUGAAAAGCAGUAAGUUGGUGUUUAUUAGUGAAUUUAUAUUCAGCUCUCUUGUUGGGAAAACAGAGUAUCCCUAUUUUUAAUGACCGAUUUAUGUGCAGUUGCAUAUUCACUUCGUGGGGUAGUAACACACCCUGCCUACCGUUCAGCCCCAGGUCUCAAGCAGAGGCUGACCGUAGUGCUGAGUUGAGUGGCAUUUGCUUUGUGGAGUAAUGUCCACUGGGGGUUAAGCUGAGACCGAUUUCAAAUCCUUCAAAAGGUUUAAAAACCGAACAUGUUUGACAAAUGAUUCUCAUUAGUGCUUGUGUAUAGAUAUGAUCUGACUGUCCGUGCAUCCUGCACUUUGGAUGAGUGAAUAAAACAAUCAGGGUUGUGAUGAAAUAUAUCACAGCGAUACCUCCAGCAAAGGACUGUUAUAAACACCACAGUGUGUUCUGUAAACCUGAUGGUGUAGAAUGUCAGUCUUGUAUUAAAGGGUGUAUUUCAAUGAUCUCCACAGUGUCCGAUCUGUUUAAAUACAGCAGGGGUUUUCACCAGGGGUGAUUUAUUAACCCAUUUAUUAAAAUGACUGUACAAUAAAAAUACUGUGAAAUGAGGUUGAAGAAAAAACUGAAAAAUCUGAUUUCUGAUCCCUACAAAAGUGAGUACAUUUGAUCCGGUAGCUUCCAGGAAAGGAGGUCAUUGACACCUGGGAAUACUGGAAAAGGUUUGGCAGUUAUCAUACUUCAUGUUCUAAAUGUUUCAUAGCGAUGAAAUGUUGCACUAAUAAUCUAAGACUGCCCGAUGUGCCCGUUCUCUUGUCGGCAUGCCUCGUUUUUUUUUCUUUUCUUAUGCCAAAACGAUUGCAGGUUUCAAAGUUCACCAGAAGAAUGUAGAAAAAUGAUUUAUAUACAAACAAAUGUUGUUAAAGGUUUAAGAAAUAGUGCCAUAUGUAUUUUAAUCAGUUUGUUCUUAAAAAGAAUGUGAUAAGUCAAUAUUAUUGUUUAAUUAUGUUGGUUAAUGUUUCUAUUGAUGUUCCUGUUUUUUUUUUUUUCUUGUAAUGACACGUUGCAAGUUGUAUUUAUUGAAAUUUUUAACUAUAUUUUGGACAAUUAGUCAAUUAAAAUGAUUUUAAACACA